AUGGGGUAUGAAUUUCCUGGAGAUUUUCUCUUCACUUCUAUAUAUCGCGAUCUCACAGAUCGGAACUCCGUGGCAGAAACAUCGUCCCAAUUACGGCUUGAAGAUGGUCAGAAGUACUGGGUCGGCAAGAUCGGCGGUGGUUACUUUGUGGUAGUCCGCAAAACUACGGAGGGUGACGUUCGCCUUGUCGUCAGGCAUAACCGGAUACCAAAGGUGGUGUCACAGAAGGUCCUGAGAUUGAAGGUUGUUCGAGAGAGGCCUGAUGUGAAUCUUGAUGCUAAGGAUGUGCUCGUUUUGGGAGACGAAUGUGGGCAUUAG